AUGGGAAUCUCUAAAACCAGUGAAAUUUCAGUGACAGCAAAACUUGACUAUGAUAGAGCAAGUGAGCUGAAAGCUUUUGAUGAAACAAAAGAUGGUGUUAAAGGACUUGUUGAUGCUUCUAUCACACACAUCCCUCGCAUGUUCCAUCACGAAUUUGAUAAAGAUUCACCUUCAUCUUCAAGUAGCACCACCAAACUUGUUGUUCCUUCUGUUGAUCUUGCUGAUAUUCAUCUAGAUGCACCAAGAAGAAAAACAGUUGUUGAGAAAAUUAGAGAAGCAUCUGAGACAUGGGGUUUCUUUCAAGUUGUUAAUCAUGGAAUAGAAAUUACUGUUUUGGAUGAGAUGAAGAAUGGAGUUAUUAGAUUCUUUGAGCAAGAUUCAGAGGUGAAAAGAGAACUAUACUCACGUGAUGAUGCUGCGAAACCUUUGGUUUAUAAUAGUAACUUUGAUCUUUAUAGCUCACCAGCUGCUAAUUGGAGGGAUACCUUUUACUGUUUCAUGGCUCCUCAUUAUCCUAAACCAGAAGAUUUACCAUCAGUUUGCAGAGAUAUAAUGUUGGAAUAUUCAAAGGAAGUUAUGAAACUAGGAAAUGUAUUGUUUGAGUUGUUAUCAGAAGCACUUGGACUGAAUCCAAACUAUUUAAAUGACAUGAGAUGCAAUGAGGGCCUUGCAGUUGCUUGCCAUUACUAUCCUUCAUGUCCACAACCAGAAUUAACUUUGGGAGAAACCAAACAUACUGAUAAUGACUUUAUCACAGUGCUUCUACAAGAUCAUAUUGGCGGCCUCCAAGUUCUCCAUGAGAAUAAUUGGGUUGAUGUAUCACCUGUACCCGGUGCUUUAGUCAUCAACAUUGGUGAUCUUCUACAACUUAUAACAAACGACAUAUUCAAGAGUGUGGAGCAUAGAGUAGUGGUGUUGGCUCCUAAAUUCGACACCUUUGUUUUGAUUGAUGUCAGCCAUUAA